AUGCCGAUCGCAAGGAGACCUCCGCUUUACUGGCUCUUCCACUCCUGGCGCCUCUUUGGUUACAUCGCCCUCGUCCCGCCUCUGCUGGUCUACCAGCCUCUGGGGACCCUUGCUGCCUUCGCCGCCUACGCCGCCGUCCAUCGCCAGCGCUGGUGGCAGCGAAACGUGCACAGGGCUGUUGGCUUUGGAGCAUCUCGCCGACAUCGCUUCGUAAACGAGCACACGGAUGUGAUCAAAGCCGACAAGCGGUACCUCUGGUCGCUGCACCCGCACGGGCUGCUUGCAGACGGCUGGCACUCCCUCAUCGCGCGGAACUUGGAGUCCUUCGAAGACUCGGGAAACGGUCCGCCUGCCGUGGGGCGAAAGAUUGCCCUGUGCUUUGCCCCGGUGAUUCAACAUGUGCCGGUUCACCAGGAGAUGUACCGGGACUUGUGUACGUCCGCCAGUAGGAGGGACAUUGUGAAGUGGUGGAAGACCUCAGACACGGAUCCGGCGCUGAUUCCGGGUGGCUUCUCAGAGGCCGUGUUCGUGAACUCUGCCGAGCGAAAGUACGAGUACUCGUACCUGAAGGGCCGUAAGGGCUUCGUGAGGAUCGCUGUGGAGGAGGGGAAGGACAUCGUUCCUUGCUACACCUUCCGCCAGAGUCGGAUGUAUCGCACCCCACGCACACUGCGCGCCGCGCGGGCUCGCUUGUCCCAACAGAUUUUCGUGGGCAUCAUCCCUUUCUUUGGAUGGAUGGGCACUUCUAUGCCUCUCACGGACAAGACGACCUCGGUUGUCUUCCCGCCCUUCCCCGCCUCUGAGUACAAGGCAGACCAGGUAGAUGCGGCCCAUGCUGCGUACCUUGAGCACCUGAAAAAGUACUUUGACAUGUACAAGGGCCGCUUUGGCAUGAAGGACGUGGAGCUUGUGUUCAUAGGCAACGACUUUAAGGAUGACGACUGGGCGGCACGGGCCCUGCAUCGGCUGGGCUUGCUCUCGAGCCACGUGGUGGCCACCAAGCCGCACCCGCCGCCGCACUCCCGGCUCUGA